GCUUGCCCGUAACAGGCGCUGUAGGCUUGCAAGUUGCAACAGGACCCCAAGGUCCACCAUUGAAUUGACAUCGGACCAAUCAGAUAUCAUCUUUUUGUGAGCCGGCCUUCCAUUUCUCCUUGCUAUGGGCAUCAUUCGAUAUGAGAAUUUCUUUACAGUUAAGAUUGACUGAGCAGAGCCCGAGUCAGCGGGAAGCACCGCCCAAACACCACAACCACCACAAACGCACCCAUUAUUUCGCAUCAACUCUUUUGAUUUUUUUUUCUACCUAUUAACCUAAAUUAGGUACUUUCCAUAUCUCACUUUUUCAACUCGACAGGAAAAAGUUACUUUGCUUACUUACCAAUUUAUAUUAUUUUUCCCUCUUUCUCGUCGACCCAUUUCUUUUUCUUUCCAAUUCUCCCCUCUUCCUAAUCAAUAAAAAAAAAUGUCAUCCAUGUCGCUCCUCCGAGUCGCCUCGCGCGGGCCCUCCAAGACCUUCUUCCGUGCAAACCGACCCGUCGCUCCCACCCGAUCCAACAUGUCAUUCAUUCCGGGCUUGGUCGCCGGCUCGAGUCUCAACUUCAGCACCACCGUGUGCCGAAAUUCUGCCGCGCACCACGAGGAAACAUUCGAAGAGUUCACUGCCAGAUAUGAAGGUGAAUUCGAGAAGGUGCAAGAUGUUUUCGAGCUUCAGCGCAACUUAAACAACGCUUUCGCCUACGAUUUAGUUCCCUCUCCUUCAGUUAUCGAGGCCGCCUUAAAGGCUGCCCGGAGAGUCAAUGACUUCCCCACUGCCGUCCGCAUCUUUGAGGGCAUCAAAGCCAAGGUCGAAAACAAGGACCAGUACCAGCAAUAUCUCGAUGAGCUAAAGCCUCUGCGCGAGGAGCUCGGCGUACUACUCAAGGAGGAUCUGUACCCGGAUUCCAAAUAGAUGGAUUACUGCUCUUUAUCCAUCAAUCGCGAGGGUGGCGCCUGUUAAGAUACGACAUGAAAGAGACGUAUCCGCAUACACUGGGAGGAAGUGAAGGGAAACGGAAUGAGAGCAAGGGAAAGAGGGAGAGGGAGAUAGAGGUUCGGUGUGCCUCAGACGUUUCCUCCCGCAUGUGUAUAUGUCUACCAAAACAACAACUUUUACUAUUACUACUACUACUACAACUCACCACAACCCAUACCACAAACCGAAAUAAUCUCGGUGGGAAAAAAUAAAUCGUUUGAGAAAAAGAGAUAAAAAAAGAGACAUUCUGCAUAUAUCGAUAUAUACCUAAAAACCAGAGCCAUUUUCUGUCCUUUUUUGUUUGCUCUUGUAUCUAUAUCUCUGUCCUUCGAACGCAUGAUAUCUCGCUGUUUGUUG